CUGGUUUCUUGCUCGUAACACUUAGAUGAUCCGAGUCUGUGGAGGGUGAACACUGAUGUUUGAGACCAUGUCAGCCGUGAUCAAUCAGCCUCUUCCCCUUGGACGACUUGAGCGAGAGAAGCAUAUUCACAUGGUCUUCAGGGCUUUUCACAACCGCUGUGGACCCUCUUGUGAGUGCCAGACUCAAAGCACUCCACCCAAAUCUCACCAAAUGCCUCCUGACCUGGAAUCUGAAGAGCAGUUUUUGGGCCAGACUGCUGAGAAUGGCUUGAUGCUGCCACCAGCGAAGAAGACUGGUAGUAAAGUGAGAUCAUGCUUUAUGUCUGUGCUGGAAACUGCUAGUGAGAUUCAUAUCACUGCCAAGCCAGAGCUGCAAGGUCCUCAGUGUGUUUCUAGGAGGAUCUAUAACAUCACAACAGAAGGCAACAGGUCACAGUCAUUUGUGGCUGUGGAAGAGAGCUCCUGUGUGUGUCUGCAGUGCUGUGGUCCAGCUCGGGCCUACACCCUGAAAGGCUUUGACAGUGAGGGCAGUCAGGUCUUUUAUUUUGAAAGGCCCCUUAGGGUGGACGCCUGUUGCCUCGGCUGCUGCCUGAUGGAGAUGAGAGCGUACACACCUCAAAACCAUCUCAUUGGCACCGUACAUCAGAGGUGGAGCAUGUUUACACCCCUCCUGGAGGUCUGCACUUCAGGAGGGGCGUCUACCAUCAGAAUCCAGAGCUCCUGCUGUCCAUGCCGUUGCUUCUCCAACCAACAAUUCCAGAUUGUCUCCAACAUUGGUGAGGAAAUAGGCACGAUAUGGAAGAAAUGGCCUGGCUUCAACGAAGAACACAACAUGGACCAUGAAUACUUUGGGCUGGAGGUUCCACUCAGUAUGGAGUCACACACCAAACUCCUUCUCCUGGCAGCCACUUUCCUGUUGAAUCAUAUGUUUUUUGAAAUGAGCUGACCAGCAUCAUCACAUGAUUUACAGACCAACGGGCACCCAAGCUUCCCAGUCUGGGAAGAAAGAAGAGUGGAUAAAGAGGAAUCUCGCCUUCUUGCAAACUCCACAGCUUCAGUUCCAGCGUUUAUGAAAAAAAAAAAAUGGCACUAAACCAUCUUUAGCAGCAGAUGCAUAUUUACCAUUUAUUGCUAUAAUCCAUCAGGUGUACAUCCAACAGUGUUUCCUCGCUUUCCACACACUCACACACACCUGCAUCCAUCAUCACAAUAACAAAUAAGGGCAGCAUU